AGCUACACUAAAUCAUUGUUUAUUGAGAUUAUUCAUUUAAAUUCAACUACCGAUCAAAAAAGAAAUUUUAUCAACACAAGUUUAUUAACAAUACUGUAGCUAUAUAGUUAACUAUAAAUCCACUGCUUUACCCAUGGUGCAUUGCGCUGUGGAAAGACGGAAGUAAACCAUGGCAUUCAGCUCUGCUAAGCUAGGGAAGCUCUAAGUUGGUUCAAGCGAUGAAGGCGACCGUACCCUUUUACACAGCCUACCUGCUAUGUUUGGUGCUCAGCCUGGUGUGUAUGGUACUGGUCAUCCACUGGAAUUUCACCUACCUUGGUGGCUUCUCCUGGGACGGGAAAAUCACGCAGUUCAACUGGCAUCCUGUACUCAUGGUGAUUGGCCUGGUGGUGCUGUAUGGAAACGCUGCUGUGGUGUAUCGUGUCCCUCUGACCUGGACUCAGGACAAGCUGCCAUGGAAGAUUCUCCAUGCCUGCCUCCUCCUGCUUGCAUUAAUCUUCACCAUUGUGGGCUUGUGUGCAGUGUUCGACUAUCACAAUGCCAAUAAUACAGCAAACUUGUACUCACUGCACAGCUGGGUGGGAAUCCUCACCAGCGCUUUGUUCGCCACUCAGUGGGUUGCUGGAUUCGGAGCUUUCCUCCUCCCGUGUUCCCCCCUGCCUCUGCGAGCGUUCAUCAAACCUUCUCAUGUGUGGAUGGGAGCCAUUAUCUUGGUCCUCAGUGUCGUGUCCUGCAUUUCGGGCAUCAAUGAGAAGCUGUUUUUUGAACUAAAAACGGAAGCCAAUGGGACGCUGCCGUACAAGCAGCUUCCACCGGAGGCGGUACUUGGCAAUUCACUUGGCGUUGUCAUUGUGGCUUUAGCGCUGGUUGUCCUGAAAAUCCUGUCCAAUCAAACUUGGCAACGUCCUGAGCCAAGGAACGAAGAGGCGGGCUACAGGCAACUGCCAGGUGAUGACAGCUGAAAUCUUAAAGCCUCUGAGAUGGCUUUUUCAAAGCUGUCUGCUUUGGAUGAGUUUAAUGCCUAGAAACAGAUGCUCGGGGCAUCUGAUCUCAGAGCAUUACAUUAUAUAUAUUUUUUCAUAAUUAUUAAAAUUGCACCAGUUGUU